AAAUACCAAAAUUUAACAGAGUACACAGUCUGUUUGCGGUCUACUCCUAAGGUGUCUGCUCGACACAGUCCCAGCAAUGGUUAUUCCUGUCAAGGCACAGCAUUCCUAAGACUGUGUAUAGAUAACCCGAAGAGUAAUAUUGUUUUCUAUCACUAGGACCUUGCUUAAAAUUCUUUGGCCAAUUGGCUUACCUAUCAUUGCCUUAGCUCUAUAUACAAUGUUACUGUAUCAUGCAGUUAAUGUUAAAUGAAUCUUAAUGACUCGUUUGUUGUCUUCUCCACAGGUUUCUGCUCACCCUGACAAAACUGUAGGUGAAGAACCGAUGGGAUCACUAUCCUUGUCUCUUGAACCACAGAAAUACAACCAUGUUGUACUGCGCUCAUCAUUUUCAAGCAUUGAAAAAUGCACACAUUGCUUGGGACCUUUUGUUGCCCUCAAGUGGAAUGAUCUGAAAUGUAAAGGUGAGUUUUCCUUGUGUGGUUAUUACUCCUUUAGUAUUUUCAAGGAAAUUUAGGAAAACUAAUCCUCCGGAAUCACCUUCUUAAAAUAAUUGCCUAAGUCAUUUUUUUUCAAAAAUGAUUUUUUGCCUAAAUCAUCUCUUCAUGAUGCUGGCCACCUCUGGUAAAAUUGCCAACAUCCUCAAUUAAACAGAUCAUGCCAUUCUACCCCUUUUGUAUAAUUGCCUAUGUCAAGAGUGUGACUUAGGCAGUUUUAUUUUCCUUAAGUCACCAGACAAAUUGACUUAGGCAAUUUUAGAAGUUUUUCAAGAUGGUGGAUGAUUCAAGGAGACCAAAAUUCUACACAGCUGCUGAUGCUAUUUCCAAGAUUCAGGACUCUACCCAUGUUGGGAUGACACCAGUCUGUCCUCAUCUACUGAGGAUGACAAUGAGACCAUCAAUAAAGAGAUGAUGCAGCAUGUUGAUAAUGAUGCACCAUCUACUCCCAUGGAUAAAGUUAAAGAUGCCAAGCAGACACAUCCACACCAAGAAGAGGCGAUAUCAAAGGAUGAUGGCGAUGAUGGUGAUGUCAUUCAAGAUCCGAACUAUACCCCAACCUGUGAUGAGUCCUCCUCUCCUGAAGAUGAAAACAGCCUAUCUAUGGUGGCAACAACUUUAGAACAGCAGAAUGAGGAUGUUGCAUUGAAAGAUGCAGGCAAAAAGAAAAGACAUAAACACCUCAGUCCAAAAACAUGGAAGCAAAAUGAAUCCAAGCAGAAACGUCUGAAAGGAAUGUCAUACAAGAGCAAAAGUGGCAAAGAAAUAAGUGCAAAGACUAUGGGUCCUCCCUGCAACUCCAAGUUCUGUCAGCGAGUCUCAACUCGAGACUGCCAAGUCCUUACAGAAGAGCAGCGGCAGUGGGUAUUUGACAAGAUUUGGGCAAUGAACACCUGGGAAGAACGUCGGUUAUAUGUCACCACUUUGGUCACAAAGACUAGCAUGAAGCAAAAAAUAGUUACUGAGGGAUCCCGACGCAAUUCAUCAUUUUCCUACCAACUGAAGCUUGAAGAUGGAACAAAUGUUAAAGUGUGCAACGCACUUUUUUCUUCUACACUUGGUCUCCCUGAAAGAACCAUUACAAAAUGGCUGGAUGACCCCAUCAACCCUGAAAAACAAGCAGAGGUGCCAUCAAAAUCUGGACCCAAAAGUGGCAAGCAUACAAAGGUUGAAACUGAUGUCAAGGAUUUCCUUAAGAACUGGUUGAGGGACCUGCCCAGUGUUGACUCACACUACUGCAGAAGCACAGCUACCUACAAAGACAAGAAGUUCCUUUACCAAGGCACAACCAUCUCCCAACUACAUCGUGAAUAUGGACAGGCAGCUGCAACUGCUGGAGUGAGAGCUGUUGGAAUCCAAUAUUUCACAGCUGUGUUCCAUGAGGAGAACUACUCCGUAUUUAUUCCAAGAAAAGAUCAGUAUGAUGUUUGUGUUUCAUUCAAACAUGGAAAUAUCAGUAAGGCUGCAUACCACGCACAUGUCACCAAGAAGGAUGAAGCGAGGCAAGAGAAAUCUAGGGACAAGGAUUCUGCUGAUGAAGACAAGUCCGUUUGUACAAUGGACUUGCAAGCUGUGCUACUGUGUCCAAAAACCCAAGCCAGCAGCCUGUAUUACAGAACAAAACUGCAGGUCCACAACUUUACCCUUUUCAACUUGAGAUCAAAGGAAGGCUACUGCUACAUUUGGGACGAAUCAGAAGGUGACCUCUGUAGCGAGGUAUUUGCACAUCUUCAGUAUCAUCAUUUUGAAGGUGUGAUCAAAGGCCAUCCAGACCUCAAGGAGAUCAUAGUGUGGAGCGACGGUUGCGGUUAUCAGAAUCGCAAUACAUGUGUAGCGAAUGCAUACUCUGAGCUUGCAAGGAAAUAUGGGGUGCUAAUAACCCAGAAAUACCUUCUUGCAGGUCAUACAGAAAUGGAGUGUGACAGUAUGCAUAGUACUAUUGAACGAAAAAUAGUUGCAGAUAUCUUCACCCCAAGAGACUAUGUCGUUGUACUCCAGACUGCAAGAAUCAGGCCAUCACCUUACUAUGUGAAAGUGCUCAAGCACGAUGAGUUCCUGAAGCUGAAUGGAUCUUACUUCUUCAGCAUCAGACCAGACAAAAAAGUUGGAGACCCGACUGUGCAUGACUUGCGGGCUCUUCAGUUUAGCAGUGAAGGCAAGGUCCAUUUCAAGCUGUCCUUUUCAGAAGACUCUGUGUGGGAAGAACUGCCACAAAGGGUGCAGGUGCCAAAUGGGCCAAUGGCAUGGAUAAGUUUGUUUCCAUGUGCUCUGCCAAUCAAAGAGAGAAAGUUCCAGGACCUCCAGUCAAUGAAACCCAUCAUGCCUGUCGAGUGUCAUCACUUCUUUGACAAUUUGCCACACUAA